AUGGCUGUGGGCAGGGCUGCAUCUGGACGAGUACCAGAUGACGAAGCAGCUCCCGCGUCAGAUACUUUACACACCUGGGAGCGAAGAGUACAAAGCACGAAGGAGAUUGAGGAGAGCCUUCAGAAGGCGCUUGUGGAAUAUAUGAGAAGGCCAGAAGACCUUGGUCGUCCGCCGCCGGGAAUAGCUUCCGGCGAUAUUCCUGGGAGCGACGAUGUGGCGGCGUGUUUGGCCCGUGCAUUGGAUGCUGUGCGCAGCGCCUCUGCCUCUACACAAAAAGAGAUCGUUGAAAAAUACCUCAAGAAUGUGUUGGAAGCUUCCGAUAACAAAAGCCCCGCCCUGCUUCUGGAUGAUAUGGUCAAAAGAGUGCAGGCAGCGGCGCCCUCCGAGGAGGAUACCAAUCCGGAGGAGGAAGCUCAAAGCGCGAGAAGUGCUCUUCUGGUGGCCGUGCUGGAGGGCUUUACAGCCAGGAUCAAAGCUUUAGAGCAUCUCAGGCUGGUGGAAGCAGCUGAAUGUAACGAGCAAGCGAGGGAAAAGCUUGCGGAGGACUUGAAGGUGGCUGCUGCGCUCUUAUGCCCUCUAAACGACGCAAAAGAUGAAACAGUGGAAGAGUUGUUCAGACCCCUUGACUCGCAUGCUGUAUCUCUCUUGCGGCAGCAUACUACGUUGAAGGGCCGAGAAAAUGCAAUGCUUACGGCAGAAUUAGAAAGCUACCGGUUUGUCCGGGGUAUGAUGAAGUCCCUGGAGACCAAAGGGCAGGGCAAGGAUUUCCUGAAAAAAGUAUUUGAAUCCCUAUCUGGAGUUCAUCGGCUCGGCAGGGCGUGCAGAGCCGGGGCAAUCCAGCGUCCCGACUUUUGGGAGUUUCUCAGAUAUAACUGGACAGCAGAAGCCCACGAAAAGCUGUGCGAACUCCUCGAAGAACACAGCCAAAGCUCUGAGAAACAGGAAUUAUCCAACCGGUCUUAUCUGAUAGGUAGCGCUAGGGAAUGCCUUAGUCCCUCUGGCCCAAAAGUUGAGGAAGUGGACGUAUUACUGCUCCAAAUGGCAAUAGCUCUUCUUUGA